GUUGUUUUCAUUUAAGCGAUGCUGCACCUGGGUUAUGUUCAACUUUGAAUAAUGGCGUUGUUGUAAACGUUUAUCUGGAUCUAUUUACUCGAGGCGAUGACAGGCGGUGCUGCGGCCCCUCUUAAACAUGGCCACCAUGAUGGAGUAAACGCUGCAACUUUACAAUUCUGAUUUUUGGAGGAAAAAACUAUUUUUCUCGCACCCGAAACGAGGAAUGUUUCACUCCGAGAUAUCCUGCCAAGCACCCGGUCCACAUGAGCGCUUUCGGAAAAGUUUGCUCUCGGAUUACGCGCUGAAUUAAGUUGGCUUGGAAGCUGGAAAGGGAAAAAGAAGAAUCGCAUCAAUUCCAAUGUCAUCAGAGGAUAAGUGUGUGGAUCCCUCUGACCACGACCCAUCUCCUCCCCUGAGCAGUGACGGGGCCACGCCCUCAGGGAGCCCCUCCUCCACAGACCGACGCCCCCGAGGCCGUCCUCGCAAGGAUGCUGUCUCCGUCACGCCUGCGCUCAAGACCAAACGGAAGUCUCGGAGCCGAGGCAGAGCCCAGGCUGACGAUGAGGACAGCAUGGACAGCAUGGACGACGCUGCGCUGCCGCCAGAGACUGAAGCGGGGGAGCUGGAGGCAGAUGAGGAGGACUUCCCCCAGCCGCUGGGUCUCAGCCCCAGGGACGAGCACAUACUCUCCCCGCUGUUUCAGCGCUCGGUGUCGGAGGACUCGGCUGGCUCGUCCGCCUCAGCCACUGGGAACACAAAAACCAGAGAAAAACUCUGUGCCUUCUGUUAUUGUGGAGAGAAGAGUCUCCUGGGUCAGGGAGAGCUGAAGCUUUUCGGCCCGACGCCCGGCUACGUUCCCCUGCACAUCCGCAACCGCCGUGGGAGCUCAGAGAAAGAUGACGAUUACCAUGACGACGACGACGACAAUGACUUCGAAGACAACGACCACACCCGGAGCCCAGGACAGCGCGGGAGGGGUCUGAAAAAGAUCAGCUCUCCAGACAGCGGCCUCCACUCCACCUCGGCACCUGGAAGCACGGACCCCUUCAGCGAAGAGCCCACUCACAAGCUCUGGGACGAGCUCGGUCAGAUCGGCCUUCCCGACGACAUCAACGUCCAAUCUUUAUUCGACCCCACUGGGCAGUGCUGUGCACACUUGCAGUGUGCAGCCUGGUCAGAAGGCGUGUGGCGUGGGGAAGGCGGGCAGGCCCAGCUCUACGUGGACAAAGCCAUCGACUCAGGGAGCACAGAGUACUGUGCGUACUGUAAGCGCCUCGGAGCAUCCAUAAAGUGCAGCGAGGAAGGCUGUGGUCGCUCCUAUCACUACCCCUGCGCGGCCGCGGCGGGAGCGUUCCAGGACGUCAGGAGAUACAGCCUGCUCUGCCCGGACCACGCGCCCCUCGCCCUCACGCGCUCUAAAGACGAGGUGAACUGUUUGGUGUGUGACAGGCCGGGAGAGCUUCAGGACCAGCUCUUCUGCUCCACGUGUGGUCAGCACUACCACGGCUCCUGUCUGGACGUGCUGGUCACGCCUCUGAAGAGGGCUGGCUGGCAGUGUCCUGACUGCAAAGUCUGUCUGACAUGCAGGAACCCGGGGGACGACAGCAAGAUGCUGGUCUGUGACAUGUGCGAUAAGGGCUACCACACAUUCUGCCUGCAGCCCGUCAUGGACUCCAUCCCAACCAGCGGUUGGAGGUGUAAGAAUUGUCGCGCGUGUGCUCAGUGUGGUACCCGGGCCACUGGCCGGUGGACUUCAACUAGCCUGCUGUGUGAGUGUUGCCAACAGCAACAAGACCUCACCCUCUCCUGUCACAUCUGUGGGCGGGCUCACAACCCCGAGGCCUUGAAGGACACACUCACUUGCAACACCUGCAAGAGAUGGGUUCACGUGGAGUGUGAGAGGCGGGAGAAUCCCGAUCCUGGAGUGCAGAAGCGGGACGGCUACAGCUGUGGCGAGUGCAAGCGGGUGGAAGUGGAGGCUACAGGCUGUGCUCCGGACGCCACCGCCGACCCCCAGGCAGCUGCUGAAGUCUUCAUGACUGUAGAAGAGGAAGUUUGUUUGGAGCCCCGGACGACCGCUGUCCCUCCACGCGAGGGGCCGACCGAGUCUCCGUCAGCCAUGGACGCCACGCAGGAGAUCCAGGUGACGGUGACUCUGACUGAGGGGCUGACUUGUCCCCAGCGCUCUCCCACGUUGGCAGCUGCAUCCCCACUGUCCUCCCAGAAUUCCACUGCAGAGGCAGACCGAGAUGACGAGGGCUCUCAAGCCAUCGUGACCGCAGCGGAAACGGGGAAGCACGAAGAGUGUUCCGAGCCAGCGCUUCCGGAGGAGACGCGACCGUCCGCAGACGUUCCAAAAGCGCUCUUCCCCUCGCCUACCAAAGAAACGGAACCGCCCCCGACAGCUGAGGACGACCCCGUGGACGAGUGUCCCUCGUCACCAAAGCCUUCAGAAGACGUGGGGCAAGAGGGUGUCCUACAGUCGCUGGUUCUGUGCGUGGCGCAGGACGGAGGGCGAGAACUGGAGAAGGAGGCAGAGCUGCAGGGCCAGCCCAAACCAGAGGAGGCGAACCAGGAGGAGGAGGAGCAGGAGGUGCCGCCCGAGCCCGUCUGUGCCCCGGCCGUGGAGAACAGCCCCACCCUCGACAUGGACACCACGCCGGCCAGCGAGCUCAGUUUCUCCGGCUUCAGCUCUCCCGCCGGGGACGACAAGGGCCCAGGUUUCAAGCGCUCGCCAGCAAUGUCCCCCGACGGCUCGGCCAAACUGUCCCGGUCGCCCUUCUCUGCAGAGGCCUCGCCGAGGGCGACUCCAACCCACGGCCAGAACCAGCCCGGGUACAGCCCCGGCGUGCCGGCUGCCACGUUCUUCCCCCUCACCCCCAAAAUAGGUAUGGGAAAGCCAGCCAUCUCCAAGAGGAAGUUUUCCCCAGGGAGGCCCAGGGUGAAGCAGGUUGCAUGGAGCGGUCGUAGUACAGUAAGCUCUCCGUCCUGGUCUCCAGACGCACCGGAGUCCUGGGACGGCGCUAAGUGCCAGCAGCAGCAAGCCGAGCACGUCUGGAUGGCCAAAGUGGGCCGUGGCUCUGGCUUUCCCGGAAGGAGGCGUCCCCGCGGGGCCAACAUGUCUGGCAGAGGGGGUCGGGGUCGCUCCAGACUGAAGACGGACAACAGCCUGCUGCUGACCCCGGGGGUGAGCAGCUUUGUGGAGACGCCCUAUGUGGUGAGGGAGGAAGAGGAGAACACCAUGCAUAACACGGUGGUCUUGUUCUCCAGUUCUGACACCUUCACCCUCAAACAGGACAUGUGUGUGGUGUGUGGGAGUUUUGGUCAGGGCACUGAGGGAAGGCUCUUGCCUUGCUCCCAGUGUGGGCAGUGCUACCAUCCUUUCUGUGUCAACAUUAAGAUCACUAAGGUGGUGUUGAGUAAAGGCUGGCGUUGUUUGGAGUGCACGGUGUGUGAGGCGUGUGGGCAGGCCAGUGACCCUGGGCGCUUGCUACUGUGUGACGACUGUGAUAUCAGCUACCACACCUACUGCCUGGAUCCACCCUUACAGAAUGUGCCCAAGGGUAGCUGGAAAUGCAAAUGGUGUGUCUCGUGCAUUCAGUGUGGAACCACGUCCCCCGGCCUGCGCUGCGAUUGGCAGAACAACUACACGCAGUGCGGUCCGUGUGCCAGCUUGGCAGUGUGCCCAAUCUGUGCCCGUAGCUACAGGGAGGAGGAGCUGAUCCUUCAGUGCCGGCAGUGUGACAGGUGGCUGCAUGCAUCCUGCCAGGGUCUGAACUCAGAAGAGGAAGCAGAGAACGCAGCAGACGAUGGCUUUGACUGCACCAUGUGCAAAAUGAUCACUCUGCCCACACACGGCCCAGCUGGCGUAGGUGUAAAUCUAUGUGAUCCCAGCAGCGACCCCACGAUAAUGGCUCAGAUUGUAUCUAAAAUAAAGGAACAUGACUUCCAGAAGACAUACACGCAGGAUGGUGUGUGUCUGACCGAGUCAGGCCUGUGUCAGCUGCAGAGCCUGUCUGUGCCCUCGGUCCGGCGCCGGAGACACAAACCCAAACUCAAGCUCAAAAUCAUCAACCAGAACAGUGUAGCUGUGUUACAGACUCCUUCAGAACCACAGUGUGAGCUGUCUCGCGAAGGGGAUAUGGACGAUAGCAGAGAAGUUGAUCUGAUGGACUGUGAUGGGAAGUCUGACUCCAGUCCUGACAGAGAGCCCAACGACGAGGACCUGAAGGGAGCGGAGGGCGUCGACAGCAUCAAAAAGAGGAAGCGGAAACCCUACCGGCCAGGUAUUGGUGGGUUUAUGGUCCGUCAGAGGAGCAAGGCUGGCCAAGGCAAAGCUAAGCGAUCCCUUAGCAGGAAGGACUCCACUGCAUCUCUCGCAGAGAACCCCAUGGUGAAAGAAGGCUGGAAUGAACCGGACAACCCUGUGGAGGAGCCGCCCCCUGUGGCCGAACCCUCAGAGAAAGUCAAGAAGCGAUACAGGAAGAAGAAGACCAAACUGGAGGAGACGUUCCCCUCGUAUCUCCAGGAGGCUUUCUUUGGGAAGGAUCUCCUAUAUAAGAGCAAACAGGCUAAGCAGAAGUUGGAGACGAUGGGCGCGGCGGAUGAGGAGUCUGUUCACGGAGACAGCGCGCCCGCCAGCUUCCUGGACUCGUCCUCUGAUCCCCUUCUCAGCGCUGCGGCCACGCCCAUCUCUGCCAAAGCUGGCACACUGCCGAGUGCAGAUGAUCCGUUAGCCGAGCUGGUUCUGCAGUCAGACGACGAUCUCCUGGGGAUGCUGUCGGACGACCUGGUGAAACCAGGGCAUGAUUCAGGUCUUGAUUUAUGUGCUUUCCAGGUGGACAGCUCCCCCUCUGCGUUCGCGGGUUUGGACAUCGGGGCUGUCCCUGUUGGCCCUGCCAGGCCUCUUCAUCCCGCCCCUGCCCGGGGACCUCGGCAGCUGCAGGAGGAACCCCUGGACGUGAUUCUCAGCCCUGAACUAGACAAGAUGGUGACUGACGGAUCCAUCCUUAGCAAGCUCCAGAUUCCAGAACUGGAGGGCAAAGAAGUGGAAGACUUGUUCACAGCAGUGCUCAGCCCCAGCUCCAGCCAAUCACCUGGGCUCACCCAGCCUCCCAGCUCCGCCCCCAGCAUGCCAGUCAUAGCCAUGCCGCACCAAGGACCAGGAGAUGGUGGAAUGUUUCCUCGCAUGCCUGUGGUGAAUGGUGUGAUGGCUCCAAACCCUGUCUUUCCUCCAAAUCCCAUGAUGCCUGGAAGUGCCGUUUCUGGCACUUUCUCUCCCAUCCACCGGAUGCCUUUUCCCGAAAGCAUGAGAGAGAAGAAGUUCAGCCAGAUGGGCAGUGAUAUGGUGGGUCCCUGGAGUGCUCCUGUCCCCAUGCCUGGUCCAGCUCCUUCUGCAGACGCAGAAACGGACACCAUGUCUAAUGCCCAGAGGAGCACCCUGAAGUGGGAGAAGGAGGAGACCCUUGGAGAGCUGGCCACUGUGGCACCUGUGCUUUACACCAACGUCAACUUUCCCAGUCUAAGAGAGGAGUUUCCAGAUUGGUCGACUAGGGUGAAGCAGAUUGCGAAAUUGUGGAGAAAGGCUAGUUCUCAGGAAAGAGCCCCAUAUGUGCAAAAGGCUCGGGAUAACAGAGCAGCUCUUCGUAUAAACAAAGUUCAGUUGUCUAAUGACACUAUGAAGAGACAACAACACCAGCAGGCACCUGACCCCUUUGACCCCGGCGUCUCCAUGGAAACAGAACUGCUCUUCAAAGAUCCGCCCAAACAAAAGGAGUCGCAGCAUGAACAGGAGUGGAAGCUGAGACAGGGAGAAUUAAGUCAGAUGUGGGGACCCCUUAAGAAGCAGCAGGAAAAGGUCCCAAAAAGCAAAGCCAUAAAAUCAACAAAUAAAGACGUCCUUUUUGGACAUUCCAACCAGGCAACUAUAGCUGCAGGAUGUGGAAAAAAUUCUCUGCAAAUGAGACAAAAGAGCAAGCAGCAGGCGAAGAUCGAGGCCACUCAGAAGCUUGAGCAGGUUAAAAAUGAGCAGCAGCAGCUUCAGCAGCAACAACAAAAACAAGCACCACCACCACCGAAACAGCACCAGCAACACCACCAGCAACAAUACAGUGGACAGUCAGGUGGAGAUGCCACCAACAGUGGGAGUGGAAGUCCUAUGACGCCUCAGCCCACCAACGGAAGCAACACGUCCCCUCUACAGCAAACGGCGCUCAAGGACAACUUUGUAAAACCCCAGCUUCCUGGAACUCCAACCUCAAGUUCAUCAUCAGAUGAUGUUUUUCUGCGCCCACAACCGCCUCCUCAAUCAUCCGUGGCAAAGACUCCCACCCAUGACGGCCAGUACCCACAAGGAUCAUCAUCUCAAUCUCAGUCUCCUCAGGUGUUUUCUCCUGGUUCAUCUGGCUCCCGGCCAUCUUCUCCUUGGGAUCCGUAUGCUAAGAUGGUGGGUACUCCUCGUCCCCCACCAUCUGGGUCAAGCACACCUCGUAGAGGGUCGCUGUCUGACAUGCAAGAGAGGGGAAGACCUUCCCCGGCCCAUGAGCCCUUUGGCUCUCCAACGUCUGCGAGUGCUGACAUGUACACAAAGCCACCAGACACACCCAGGCCCUCAGAUCCAUUUGUGAAACCUCUUGGUCCCCCAAGGUCUGGACCUGUAUCAGAACAGCAGCAACCAGGUAGAUACAUGUUGGCCAGUGCUCCAACAGGGGACAACUUUACCAGGCCAAACCAUAGAUCAGAACAUUACCAGCGGAUGCCGCACAAUCGUAUGGUCCUUUCCGACCCUUACACAAGGCCGCUGUUGACACCUAUUCCAGGAAGCAGUGAAUCUGGCUUCGUGCCAGUGUUUAAAACUCCAAUGCCUCCCUCUCAGACUCAGCAAGACCCUUUCAGUACGGCACAGCAAGGCAUGAGACGUGGACCACCUGAUGGUUUCCCUCAGGGUCAGCAGAGUGACCCUUAUGCACAUCAACCCCACACGCCUCAUCCGUCAAUGGGAGAUGCUUUCAACAGUGAAGGCAGGAUGAUGCGUCAGGCCUCAGGAGGCCACUUUGCUCAGCCCAUGCCCAUAAACCGACAUCCUCAAAGGGACUUGUAUGCACAUGCGCCCUCUACACCUAGACCAGAUUAUUCCCAGCAGAUUGCUGAUUCUUAUGCCCAACCUCCGGGUACUCCACGACCUCAUGACCCCUAUGCUCAGCCUCCUGGUACCCCAAGUCCACAUUCUGAUCCAUACUCGAUGCCACCAUCUACUCCUCGACCUGCUCCUAUGGAACAGUUUUCUCAGUCACAGCCGUCUGGUCGCAGACAAUCUCCGUCUCACACUAUAGAUCCAUAUGCACAAAUGGCAGGUACUCCAAGACCAGCACCAGGAGAAAGGUAUCCCAAGUCCCCAGGCAGCCAGAGAAACGCAGACGCAUACAUGCAGGCUGCUGGAACACCUAGACCAUCCAAAUCAGAUCCAUAUGACCAGCCACCUGGAACUCCAAGACCAGUUCACACAGACCCAUAUUCUCAACCUCCUGGGACCCCAAGGCCAAGCCCCAUGGUUCAUCCUUCAGAUCAGUUUAGUCAUCAGGCUCAAAACAGGAUGCCAGAUCCCUUUUCUCAUCCAGCUGGUCCAGGCUGUCAGACCCCUAAACACCCUGGUAUUUCAGACGAAGGUUUCUCUUUGCCACAGUCCAACCCUAAUCAAACACCUAUUCAUGACCCCUUUGAGCAAGCUCCAGUGACCCCUUGUCCACAGUCGGGGGAAAGGUUGGCUCAUGGUGUUGGCCCACAGGCUACAAGCAGCUCUUCGGAUACCUUGCAACCAGCACUAGGGGACACAGAAGAAAAACUUAAACAGCGUCAGAGAUUACGACAGCUGAUCCUGAAACAGCAGCAACAAAAGAGUGCCAUCAGACAAGAGAAGGGACUUCAGGAGGCUACUGGCACUCCUGCACCCGUUACUCCUAUGCAUUGGUCACAGGAAGACUCUGGGCCUCAGAAUGACAUGUUUGGCCGCCCACCGCCCCCAUAUCCUGGAACUAUGAGACCUUCACCCAUGCAGGGAAGUCAGAGGUUUCCUGGGACUUUCCUUGGGGAUCAACGGGCACCGUUUCCCGAUGAGGCUCAGUGUCCCCGACCUCAGUUUUCCAGAGAACUGAGCACUGUGGGCAUAAGACCACAAGGGCCUAGGUUUGGAUUUCCUGCUGGAGCUACAGGUCAGGAGCCAUUCCUUCGCCCCCCCCACCAGAUGCAAGGUGGGCCAAUGGUUGAUAAUGUCCCACCACAGUUGAGAAGAUCUCUACCAGCGGAUCUCCCUAGAUCAAUGGGAAGUAGCCCUCAGAUGGGCCUUCCUCAACACUUUCCACCACGAGGCCUUACAGUACAGCAGCACAAUAUAAUGGGGCAACCUUUUAUUGAGCUUCGACACAGGGCUCCAGAGAACAGAGUCAGACUACCCUUUGGGCCACCCAAUAUCUUGGACCAUCCUAACCAUCCUCAGAGACCUUCUAGCAGCUUCAUGACGGGGCAGAAUAUGGCCUUUGCUGGCAACCAAACACCACGAUCCAUGAAUCCAAUGAUGGGUCAACCACAACAGGGAUCAGCCGGUCAGAUGCCUGUGUCGGCUAGUAUGGAAAACCUGCACCAGCGAGCAAAUAUGCCAGUGAGCACUGUUCAGCGACAUCCCUCUGUGACAACCACGCACACUCAUCCGGUCCGUGGUGAAGCACUUAAUUCUGCCCAGUCGACCCUUCUCCCUGUGACGGUCCCCGGUACAGAAGUCGUCCCUCUACCCUGUGGUGAUGGGAUGGAGGAGAAGCUGGACACGGAUGACUCUGCUGUGAAGGACCUUGAGGAUGUAGAGGUUAAAGAUUUGGUUGAUGAUGAUUUGGAGAACUUGAACCUCGAUCCAGUUGAUGGCAAGGAUUUGGAUCUGGAAACGAAUGACCUCCACCUUGACGAUUUCAUUGAGUCUGGGAAAUUUGACCUUAUUGCUUACACCGAUCCUGAGCUGAACCUUGAGGACAAGAAGGAUAUGUUCAACGAGGAAUUAGAUCUCAGUGACCCCAUAGAGGAUGACCAUGGAGAAACCUCAGACCUUCAGAAGGGCUUGUCUGGGAAGAAAAGUGGCACCUGUGGAAGUACAUCAACACAAACAAUGAAUAAAUUGGAUGGUCAGCCUUCUGGUCAUAUCAAACAAGAAGAGUGCCUGUCAAAGGAAAGCUCUAAUAAUCUGCUGACGGAGAGCACUAUUAAAACAGAGGCCAAACCGGGUUCAUUGGUCAGCCAGGACCCUUCUGUAUGUGGGGGUCCCUUAAGUAAUAACAGGCCACUGAGUAGUAAAGGCAGCCAGGGGAAUGUGUCUAAUCUGUUUGAGGGAUUAGUCCAGCAGGCUGGGGUAUCAAGUACAGCUGUUCCUUCUGGCUCUGCCCCAGUACUCUCAAGUCUUUUAACCAAGGACAAACUUGAGGACUCUGGGAUUGAUGCUCAUCACCAAGGUGAUCUUCCCCAGCCUGACCAUGGCCCAGAUCUUCAGUCAAACAUGGGCAUGGUGAUCUUGCAGGGUCAAGGGCAAGAUCACAGUAUGAACCCUGCAGUGGCAAUGGGACACAGAAUAAAUGCACCACUUGCUCACGCAGGAUCAUUGGGGAAUCCCAACAUGAUGACUGCAAGCAACCAGCAAAUUCCGGUCCAAGGAUUCGGAGCUUCUCCGGGACAUCAAGUGGAUCCGAGCCUGCCAAUGGUGGCUGGCCAGCAGGCAGUACCCCACACCCUCCACCCCCAAGUCCAGCAGGGGAUGAUCCCACCGGGAGCUCUUGGGCAACAGGGAGCAAAGGUACAGCAGAGCCAGUCGAACAGACCACUGCUGUUAGAUGAGCAGCCCCUCCUGCUCCAAGACCUUUUGGAUCAGGAAAGACAGGAGCAGCAACAGCAGAGGCAAAUGCAGGCCAUGAUUCGUCAACGCUCCGGUGACCAGUUCUUCCCAAAUAUUGACUUUGACGCCAUCACGGACCCAAUCAUGAAAGCGAAGAUGGUGGCUCUGAAGGGAAUCAACAGGGUGAUGGCACAGAACAGUAUGGGAAUGACACCCAUAGUCAUGAACAGGAUGCAGCAGGUUCCGGCGCCGCACGGGCCAGAUGCUGUCGGAUUCCCUCAACACGCGUUUGGACAGGAUGGAAAACUGAUACCACAGCUGGCAAGGCCAGACCCCCCUAGUUUCGGACCUGGUUUUGUCAAUGAUGCACAGAGAAAACAAUAUGAGGAGUGGCUUCAGGAGACACAGCAGCUACUACAGAUGCAGCAGAAGUUUCUAGAAGACCAGAUCGGGGCUCACAGGAAAUCGAAGAAGGCCCUCUCGGCAAAACAGCGCACAGCUAAAAAGGCUGGCCGCGAGUUUCCUGAGGAAGACGCAGAACAGCUGAAGCAAGUGACAGAACAACAGAGCGUGGUUCAGAAGCAGCUGGAGCAGAUCCGUAAACAGCAGAAGGAACACGCUGAACUGAUCGAGGAGUACCGCGUCAAACAGCAGCAGCAACAGCAGCAGCAGCAGCAGCGUGGUCUCCAGCCGCCCAUGAUGAACCCACUGCAGGCCAUGCCAGGAAUGCAAGGCCAAGCCCCUGCCAUGAUGUCUGGGGGACCCCAUAUGGGACAGCCCAUGAUGUCACCUAUGCAGCCCCACCCAGCUCCGCCCAACCCCAGCCGCAUGCCCAACAUGCCAGGCUGGCACCCGUCCGGGCCUGGGCCCAUGGGUGGACCCAGAUUGCCAUCUCACAUGCCCACUCAAAUGCCACCAUCCAACCCGGGCCAGCUUCCUCAGGCCCAGCCUCCACCUGCCAUGGUGCCAGGAGUACCACCUGGCCAGCAUGGCGGUGUACCUGGAGGCCACGGCGUCGGGGGCGGAGGUGGUGCCGCCCCUCAUGUGAAGUUUGAUGACAACAACCCGUUCAGCGAGGGUUUCCAGGAGCGCGAGCGGCGCGAGCGUCUGCGAGAGCAGCAAGAGAGGCAGCGGGUGCAGCUCAUGCAGGAGGUGGAGAGGCAGAGGGCCUUGCAGCGGCUGGAGCUGGAGCAGCAGGGAACCGGUGUUGGCCCAGACUCCAGUCGCGACAACCUUUCCCACAUGCCCUUCUACAGUGCUGAGCUCCCCCGAGACUUCAUGCAGCCUGCCGGGCCUCAACAGCCGCAGCAGAUGGUGUCCGUGUUCCCCCAGCAGGGGGCCUCGUCUCUAGACUUUGGGGGCCCCGGCCCAACCUUCGCGCAGGGUGGAGACCGGCGACCUAUACCCGGGAGCGGAGCCUUCCCUGGCCAGGAGAUGGGGCCAAAUUUCCGGCCAAAGAAUCCGAUCAUGCAUGCGAUCAACUUCGUUCCGGGUCAGCCUCGCCCGUCGGCGCUGCCCCAGGGCGGAAGUGAGGCCCCUCUGUUUGGCAUGGAGUCGGCUACACCCUUGCCACCUAAUUACCCCGGCUCAGGGCAGUCUCUUAUACAGCUCUACUCUAACAUUAUCCCCGAAGAGAAGGGCAAGAAAAAAAGGACCCGGAAGAAGAAAGACGCCGACACAGAGUCUGUGAAAACCCCCUCCACGCCGCACUCGGAUCUCACCGCUCCCUUGACCCCAUGCGUGUCGGACACGUCAUCCACCCCCACGCGCAGCGCCAACCAGCAGGGCGACCAGGACCACGACCCAAACAACCCCUCCUCCUCCACCGGGCUGGCUCCUUCCUCGGAACUGGAGUGGCAGCUGUCGGGAAGCGGGUGUCCGUUUGGUCGGCAGUCCGGUGCGGGCUCGGAGACAGAGCGUGGCGCCCUGGACAAAGCCCACGAGAUCAAGCAGGAGACGCUGGAGGUGAACGAGUGCUGGGGGCACGAGGGAGAGCCAGGUGCUGUGCACGGCGCGGACGUCACGGGCAAGGUGAAGCUCGAGGAAGGUGGCGAGGGAACCUCCCCCCCAGGCGUGACGGGACUGAGUCCCGCGCACGCUGCCAAGGGCGACUCUGGGAAUGAGCUGCUCAAACACCUGUUGAAGAACAAGAGCACGUCCCCGCCUUCGACCGCACCCCUUAUACACCAGGUAUCCAAUGACAACCUGCGGUCAGAAGAGGGCAUGCCAGACAUUAAGGGCUCUGUAAAGCUGGUGUCUGCUGUUUGUUUGGGUGCCGUGAACAGCCAGCUGACGAGAAACGUGGGUCCUCCUGAACCGUCCCUUCCAGAACCAGGCAAGAAGAAACAGCGCAGCAAGAGAACGCCCAAGACUGGGGCUGACAAACCCGCCUCACGCUGGAAGAAGAGGAAGAGGGAGCGAGAGGAGAUGGAGGCAGCCUACCCCACUACAGACACGCUGAUGACGCAACUCGAACAGCAUCUCACCCUGUUGCCUCUGAUGGAGCCCCUGAUUGGGGUGAACUUCACCCACUUCCCCCCGUAUGGUAGCGGGCAGCUGGAUGGAGAGAACAGGCUGUCUGGUUCUUUUGGAAGUGCGUCGCUGGAUGGAGUGUGUGAUUACUACUCCCAGCUCAUCUUCAAGCAGAACAACCUGAGCAACCCUCCGACGCCGCCUGCCUCGCUACCGCCCACGCCCCCUCCCGUGGCCAGGCCGCAGAUGGUGAACGGCUUCGCCACCGCCGACGAGCUCGCACGCAAGGCCGACGUCAUGAGUGACCACGCGGUUUCCAAAAGCUUGGGACCGAGGCCACUCUCGGCUGCCUUUAGAGGAGAGGACAACCUCCUGACACAGGCCAUUUCUCAGGGACCCAAGACUGUAGACGUGCCCGCGUCACUCCCCACGCCGCCACACACCAAUCAGGAGGAGCUUCGGGGCCAGGAGCACUGUGCUGACAGGGACACUCCGGACAGUUUUGUCCCGUCCUCGUCCCCAGAGAGUGUCGUGGGUAUGGAGAUUGGACGUUACCCAGACCUGUUUCUAGUGAAGGAGGAACCUCUGUCCCCCGUCAUCCCAAUCCUGCCCAAUGCCAGCGGGAAAGGUGGCACAGAAAUCAAACAGUGGGAGGUGAAGAAGGAGCCCCCGAGUGCUUUCUUCAGCUCGGAGCGCCACGUCUCCUACUCAAAGUCCGGCCUGAUGUCCAUCGCUCUCACUCUGAACUCAGCGGCAGCAGAGAACAUCCAGGGCGUGCUGACAGCCGUCGCUGGACUGCUGCAUGUCCCUGUUCCCCCCCACUAUGAGGUCACGCGCUCUCCAGGCCUGCAGACACACAACUCCCUGGCAUUGCUAGCUGGUCUCAAGGUCCCCGCUUCACACAGGCUGGACCCCUGUCAGGCCUCCCUGUUUCCCCAGUCUGGGAUGAGGUUCCCCAGGACACCAGUACCCUCCGGCAACCCAGGAAUGAUGCGUCCACCCCAGCAUGUUGGGCUUGGAGCCCACCCAAGCACUGGUUCGACUGUGGUCAGACCCGACUAUCGGAUGGAUGGAAGCAGCUAUGGCCAAAAGCCACAGUGGUGUGCCCACUGCAAAGUGGUGAUUCUGGGAAACGGAGUCCGCAAGUCAGCCAAAGACCUUCUCUGCAGUAAACAGGAGGGCCAGACGCAGGCUGUGAACAACACUGUCUUCUGCAGUCAGAACUGUUUUGCUCUCUACCUGUCCCCCACGCAGCCCAAACCGGCAGACGGCAAGAACGUGUCCGCCUUGCCUGACUCAGCAGAGAAAAGCCACGCCAAGGUGCUUCACUCCUACAGUAACAACAUGUCCGCCCUGGACGUGCACUCGCUGGCCCAGAUGCAACCUGAGCAGACUCCCCCCUCCACGCCUCCCGUCUUUUUCCCCUCCAUUUCCCUGGACGUGCCGAAGGCCGAGGUCAAGCCCGAGGCCCUGAAGGUCACGGUCAAGCUUAAGCCCCGCCCCCGGGCCGUCCACAACGGCGGGGACGAGACCUGCCACCUGGCCGGAAAGCGCUGGAAGGGUCUGCGAUGGCGGAAGUGGAGCGUGCAGAUCGUGUUGCCCGAGGGCGACGUGCACCUGCAGAACAAGGAGGAGCUGGAGGAGCUGAUGAAGAAACUGGACGCCUCCCUCCGGCCUGAGCCCCUCCCCAAAGACCUGCGCCGCUGCUGCUUCUGCCACGAAGAGGGCGACGGACUCACCGACGGCCCCGCCCGCCUCCUCAACCUGGACCUGGACCUGUGGGUGCACCUGAACUGUGCCCUAUGGUCCACCGAGGUGUACGAAACGCAGGCGGGUGCUUUGAUCAACGUGGAGCUGGCGCUGAGGCGCGGCCUGGCCGUGCGCUGCAGCUACUGCCAGCAGAUGGGCGCCACCAGCGGAUGCCACCGUUUGCGUUGCACCAAUGCCUACCACUUCACCUGUGCCCUCCGGGCCCAGUGCACCUUCUUCAAGGACAAGACCAUGCUGUGCCACCUGCAUAAGCCCCGUGGGGGCGGAGCCGCCGUAGGGGCGGUGCCGGGCGGGGCGGAGCAUGAGCUGCGCUGCUUCGCCGUCUUCCGGCGGGUGUACGUGCAGCGCGAUGAGGCCAGGCAGAUCGCGAGCAUCGUGCAGCGCGGCGAACGCGAGCACACGUUCCGCGUGGGCAGCCUGGUCUUCCGCGCCGUCGGCCAGCUGCUGCCGCAGCAGAUGCAGGAAUUCCAUUCUCCCGCAGCCAUAUUCCCCAUCGGAUACGAGGCCAGCCGGAUAUACUGGAGCAUGCGGCACGCGGACCGCCGCUGCCGCUACCUCUGCUCCGUCGACGAGAGGGACGGCGCCCCCGAGUUCUCCAUUCGCGUGGUGGAGCAGGGAUAUGAGGACCUGGUGCUGACCGGAGCUUCCCCCAAAGGAGUGUGGGAUAAGGUCCUGGAGCCCGUGGCUGAGAAGAGGGGCGAGUCUGACACCCUCAAACUGUUCCCCGUCUACCUGAAAGGGGAAGACCUGUUUGGACUGACCGUACCUGCUGUCACCAGGAUUGUGGAGUCGCUGCCUGGAGUGGAGGCAUGUUCACGCUACACUUUCCGUUACGGUCGUAACCCCCUGAUGGAACUUCCUCUGGCCAUCAACCCCUCAGGAUGUGCUCGCUCUGAACCCAGGGCCUGCACACAUGUCAAGAGGUUUGUGUUAAGGCCUCACACACUGACCAGUAGCAGCAGUUCCACUAAGGCCCUCCAGAGUAACGGAAGCCCUGCUGAGCUCACUGGUGCCCCCUACAGCAAGCAGUUUGUACACUCCAAGUCCUCCCAGUACCGCCGCAUGAAAGCCGAGUGGAAGUCCAACGUCUACCUAGCCCGCUCCCGUAUCCAGGGCUUGGGUCUGUAUGCGGCCAGGGACAUAGAGAAAUACACCAUGGUGAUUGAAUAUAUCGGGACAAUCAUCCGUAACGAGGUGGCAAACCGCAAGGAGAAGAUGUACGAAGCACAGAAUCGUGGCGUCUACAUGUUCCGCAUCGAUAGUGAGCAUGUCAUCGAUGCGACCAUCACAGGAGGACCAGCCAGGUACAUCAACCACUCCUGCGCACCAAACUGCAUAGCUGAAGUUGUGACCUUUGAGAGAGGUCACAAAAUCAUCAUCAGCUCCAACCGCCGAAUCCAGCGCGGCGAGGAGUUGUGCUAUGACUACAAAUUUGACCUCGAAGAUGACCAGCAUAAAAUUCCUUGCCACUGUGGUGCAGUAAACUGCAGAAAAUGGAUGAACUAAAUCAGAGGCCUUUUAAGGUGGACCGAGAACAUUCACACUCCACACUUAUGCAUUCCUUCCCAUCUUUUUCUAGGCCCAUUUCUAAAGAGGAAGCAUUUUGUUACUUAAUCUUUAAACUUAUCAGGGCAGACGAAAAGACCGCAGAACUGUAAGAGUUGAAGAGACCUAGUCCAAGGUUCCCAAAAGAAAGAUAAGGCAUGAAGCCAGUUGGAGUAGUGUUUGGGUUUGAGGGGUCAGGGGCGGAGCUUCCGCAGGUGACCACCCGCGUGUAACGCGCAGCCGCACACUGGGGCCCUCUGGCUUGCAGAGCGCAAGCUGCACGGACAGCCGUUUCUCUGAGGAAGAGGCAAAAAGGAGCUCUCACCAGCUGACCAGGAGAGUUCAGUGCUGGCCACAACCUUACAUAGUUAUUAAGAGGCAGGUCCUCUGGGUAAAGAAUAUAUACAGAUGUACACGUAUAUUGAAACAAAUGUAGACACCACUGAACAAGGAAUGUACUGAGAAUACUUCCUUAGGGAUAAAACUAAGGGAAUAUUAACUUGCACUAAAACAACAACAAAAAAAUACAGUUUAAAAUACUUGAUUCCAUGAGUCAGUUUAUCUUUUUUUUUUUUCCCUUUGUUUUUAAUUUCUGUAAAAUAAGAGGCAACGUUUUGUAUUUAUUAUCAAUUGAAGCUAUUUUUUAAAGAAUGUGGAAAUAGAAAGCUGCGCUGCUUCGGAAGGCUUCAGAUCGAACAGACCGUGUUACUUUAUAAGAUAUGUAAAUAUACAUCUAAAAUUAAGAAUUUAGAAAUACUCGACCAAAUGCUACCUUAACUUCAUUAUAGCUAUUUGGGUGACUCUUUUUUGUUUUUUCUUUAACAAAAAGGGGAAAAAAGUAUUUAAGAAGGAUGUCAAGAUAUAAUUUUGAGAGUCUAUGUGUUGUAUAAAAUUGUACAGAAUCUGUAAAAACAAAAAAAAUGAAAAGAAUUCAGAGUAUUUUUGUUGUAUUUAGAUUGUAGAAUCAAUAUUGUCUAAAAUUCUGACCACUUGAAGAAUAUACUUUCUUAGUUUGUUUUUCCUUUUUACACUUUGGUUUCAUGUACUUUUUGCAAUCAAUGAACGCACCAAUCACGCUGCGCUGAUUGUGACGACAUAACCUGCUAAUCAUGAACGACCUGUGCUGUGAAUUUACAUUAGAAACCCACCAAUCAGAAACCGGUAGCUUUAGCUUAGCGAGCGUGAGGGGUUUCCAUUCUUAAUACAAAGUUGUGGUGCACAUGUAGAGGAACACACAUGACUUUCGCCGAGAAAAAUAAAUGCCUUUCACGUUGCUUUGACAUUUAGAAAAAAGAAAAAAGUAUGGGUUUUUUGGUUUGUUUACAUUAUUUUAAGAAAGAUGCUGUUUAGUGUUUGAGUAGCUGAAAAUCAUGGUAUGAUGUUUUGAACUUUAAUAAAGGAUUGAAACACUGGUGAAAGCAUUUUGCUUACCAGUUUGAAAUGAAGGUUUGUGUGCACAACUAAAGUGGACUACAAUUGUUGAAAUAUUCAAAGUCUAGAGUUUGUCAUGUACAUGGCAUGAUGUAUUUUUUAAUACUUUCAAAUGAAUCAAUUGUACAUAAUUUCUCAAUGACUGGUUGUAAUGAAAUUGUUUCUUGGAUAUUUUUCCCCUCUUGUAAUAUUCAGACCUUAACAGUACUCGUCUCUUCUUGGUCCUGUACAGUAGUAUACAAUGUCAAAAAUGAAGCCUUUUUGGAGUUUGUGGAAUCAGAUUUAGGAACAUUUACAAAAAAAUAAAUAUUUUACAUCUUUAA